GCGAAGAUGGCGGCGCCCAUGGAGGUGGCGCUGGUGUCGGACGCCGCCGGGCCGCUCUGCAACUGCUCCGUCUGGGAGCUGCACUCGGGCUCUGCCCUGCCCGGCUACCGCGGCGGCAAUAGCGGGCCCCGCGGGCUGGCGCUGCUGGGCGGCGAGCACCUGCUGGGGGCCCAGCUCGGCAAGAGCUACAUCAAUGUCUGGGAGCUCCAGAGGAAGGACCAGCUCCAGCAGAAGAUCAUAUGCCCUGGGCCAGUGACCUGCCUGACGGCUUCUCCCAACGGGCUCUACAUCUUGGCUGGGGUUGCUGAGAGCAUCUACCUGUGGGAGGUCUCCAACGGGAACCUCCUAGCCAUCCUGAACCGACACUACCAGGACCUCACAUGCCUUUGCUUUACUGACGACAGCAGCCACUUUCUCUCCGGGGCAAAGGACUGUCUGGCCCUGGUGUGGAACCUUUACAGCGUGCUGCAGGCAGAACCCUCCCAGAUCCCUGACCCUCGCCAUGUGUGGUCCCGACACAGCCUCCCUAUCACGGACUUGUGCUGUGGCUUUGGAGGGCCCUUGGCCCGAGCUGCCACAGCCUCCCUUGACCAGACAGCGAAGCUCUGGGAAAUCUCAUCUGGGGAGCUCCUGCUUUCUGUCCUCUUCGAUGUGGGGAUCAUGGCUGUGACUCUUGACCUCUCCGAGUAUCACAUGUUCUGCGGCGGCAUGGAUGGAUCCAUCUUCCAGGUUGACCUCUGUGCCUGGCCGGUCCAGAGAGACCGGACCUUCCAGACAGAGCGGGAGAACGGGAAGGUCUUCAAAGGGCACAGGAACCAGGUGACAUGUCUGUCGGUCUCCACGGAUGGUAGCCUGCUGCUUUCCGGCUCACAUGACGAAACUGUCCGGCUGUGGGACAUCCAAAGCAAGCAGUGCCUGAAGACGAUGAAUCACAAAGGUCCGGUUACAAACGCCUUCAUAGUGCUGGCCCCAGCCAACAUGUUCAACCCGGACGGGAAACCCAGCGUGCCUCUCCCCAAAUUCAGCAAACACCUCCAUGGCACCGAAAGCAACGACGAGCAGGGGAGCGAGGGAGUGACGCUGCGCCUCGGGCUCCACCAGCAGGAGUCUGGGGAGAGCUACCUGGAGAAGGCUGAGAAGAUGUACUCCCAGAUGUACUCGACAAGGGAAAAGAACCUGGUAGGAGACCAGGAGCAUCUGACGAUCCAGGUGAGCGAGCUGGAAGAGGAGGUGAGCACCCUCCGGAAAAUCAACAAGAACCUCUUUGACUUCUCUGCUCGCAUCAUCACCAAACCAGCCAAAUGAAGAGGCACCCCCUGCCCUCACACCCCUCUGCCUCUCCCUGCCCAGCUCCUGGGGAAGAACCAGCCCGCCCUCGGGCACCUGCACACACAGACGUGCAAGCACGCCUGGCUCGCGUCCUCGCCAGCACCUGUCACGCGGCGCACGCUGGAGCAUUUGCCUGCUUGGUCUGGCGUCCGAUGACACGGGACUGAGACAAGCGCGGGGGCUGCAGGGCUGCUGCGUGCGGGACAACACAGGGACCGUUUUCACCCCGAUUUGCUGCUCGGUGCCGGCGGGGGCAGACUCGGAGCGGCCGGCUGCGGGAGGAGCGUCGCCGGCUCCGAGAGAGGGGUUCAGGAUGCAGCUCCUGCUCUUUCCCCUUCUCUUCCCCUGGCCCUUUUUUGUUUCUUUUCGUUACUUGACCCUGCAGUGCAGACAGAAAAGUGUUUUUUCUCUUAAUACCGGUUUGAGAUUGGAUUUUGGAGACCCCUUCUGCUCAUCCUGCCCUGGGAAAUGCUGCUCGCUAUUGCCAGACCCCUCACAGCCAGGAUCCCGCUGUGGGCUUGUUCUACUCUCAUGACAGCGGGGCCUGAGCAGCUCCUGCUCCUGGGGGGUGCCCAGGGGCAGCGUAGGUGCUGUGGGGGACAGAUGGGGGGGUCCCUGGGGUACCAAGCCUGAAGACGGGACUCCCGCACUGCCCCAUCCA